UUCAAUAUGGCUGCCUUAGUUCUCCCGAAACUGAAAGAAAGGAUGCACGAAAAACAGAACAGAUACAUUUACCACCUUCCUUACAGUAUAACAAGACAAAUUGCUCAAAAUUUAGACAUCGACAAUGCAUGGCAACAUUUAGCUGCAGAAAUAGGUUAUACCCAUCAACAAGUCAGGGUAUUUGAAAUGGAACAAAGGCGACCUGGAGUAAGUCCUGCUCAGCAAAUGCUAACAGAUUGGCAAGCUAAGAAUCCUACAGCCCAAGAUCUUCAUGACAAAUUACACAAGAUAAACAGAAGAAGAGAAAUGCAAAUUUUAGAGGCAUGGUUUACGAGUGAGUCAGAAGAUACUCAGUCAUUUUAUUCACCAAAGAAAGUUAACAGUAACGAUGACCGGACAGCAUCACAAAUACAAGCAGCUUUAGAUAAUUUUGAUAGCAAAAGCAUUAAGCCUCCAGGGAAAGGACAAAACAGAAAGACUUCCCCGCCAAAAGUUGAAGAUGUCAAUGUCAAUUUAAACAGAUGUGAUACAUUCAAAGACAAAAUGGAAAUGGGAAGUAAACAUUUAGAUGGAGGAUUGAUUUCUAAACCUUCAAUUAAGAAACAAAUUAGCAAAGAAGUUGAAAGUGAAGACAAAACAAUAAUGCAUGAAGUUGGAGUGAGUGGCCCAGGAAAAAGUAUGGACAAUAUGGCAUCUAAUACGGCAUUAAGACAGAGAUUACAAAAUAACAAAAGUUCCUCAGGGUACCACAAAUCCAAAGACAAAGAUGUUGGUUCCUCAGAGUACCACAAAUCCAAAGACAACGAUGUUGAUUAUUCAAUAGCUUUAAAUGGAAUUCAUGGUUUUAGUUACAAAGAAAUUGUUCAAGCAACUGAUGGAUUCAGUGAUGAAUACUUAAUUGGACAGGGUGCUUAUGGGAAAGUUUUCCAUGCAGUUUUAAAAAAUACAAAAUGUGCUGUUAAAAAAUUAUUUUCUAGAGAAGAUGUGAAUGGUAACAUAGAACAGCAAGUCAAAAGAGAGUUAGCAACUUUAAGCAAGUAUAGACACAACAAUAUAGUGUUGCUGUAUGGCUAUAUGAUUGACCAACCUGAUGUCUCCAUGGCUGAUGUUUGUCUUGUAUAUCAGUUGAUGCCUAAUGGUUCUCUGGAAGAUAGAAUAGCAUGCAAGGACAAUACCCCUGCAUUAACAUGGAAACAAAGACUAGGAAUCCUGAGAGGAGCUGCCUGUGGUUUACAGUUUCUACAUACAUUAACAGAUACACCACUCAUACAUGGGGACAUUAAAAGUGGGAACAUCCUAUUAGACAGCAACUUUGAAGCCAAAAUAUCAGAUUUAGGGAUGGCUCAGCAUGCCACAACUGGUUCUGAGACUGGUCUACUGACACAUAUCACAAAGAAACAAGCUGAUACUAAACAGUAUCAGACCAGAGCAUAUCUGCCACCUGAGGCUCAAAGAGGGUCUAAAAUGUCUGUCAAAGGGGAUACAUAUUCAUAUGGUGUAGUAAUUUAUGAAGUCUGUACGGGGGAGAAAUCUUAUGAUGAAAGAAGGGAAGGAACUGACAAUAAAUUUUUGGUUGAGUAUAUGAUUGAAAUGGUUGGUGAUAAUGAAGAGAAAUUUUACAACAUGUGCGAUCCAAAUGAUAAAAAUAUUCCUCAGGAUUUGUACAAUUCUGUGUUUAAACUGGCACAGGCGUGCACAUCCAAAUUAAAGAAAGGUCGACCAGAAAUGAAAAUGGCAUUUACAGAUUUAGAAAAAUUGGAGGAGGAUUUCAUGAAUAGUUUUGAUAGAAGAAAUGGAGUCUGUGAUUCAGUCAACACAAUUGAGCAAACAACUAUGCAGUAUUCAAAUCUAGUGGAUGCCAGUUCUCACGGUGGAUGUGUGUUUGUUGAUCCAUCUAGUCUUGAUCCUCAUUUGGCAUCCAUGUUGUCUCAAAUCCCUCCAGGUCAACCUAUACCAGAAUCUUUACUACUGCAGAUGGGAUAUGAUCAUAGAGUUCCUGGUACUGUUGCAACGGAACUUCAAGUACAACAGAAAUUAGCAGAGAUAAAAAAGUAUGAAGAGGAAUUCAAUGGAACUAAGGAAAUGGUCGUUGUUGAGGAAAACCAGGAAGAUAUUCAAAUUGAGGAAAACACAUAUGAAAAUAAUGAUGAAGUUACAAAUAUUGAAGAAAACAAUGCAAAUGAAACCACAGAACCAUCUUUUGAAUGUGAAAAUGUGGAAUCGCUUCAGCAACUUGAUGAUCAUCAGCCAGAAUGUGAAGGAGAACUUGAUUUGGAGCAAGAACGAAUGGACCGUGAAGAUAGACGAUUAGAAAAUCUGAAAUUAGUUUCUGAAGAAGACCCAGUAGUGAAGGAAAAGUUUACUAAAUCUAGAGACGAUUUCUUUGCACGAUUUCAGCAGCAGUUGAUGUUUGCCACACAAUAUAGUGAUGAAUCUGUGUGUGAAAACGAAGAAGAAGAUGACGACGAAGAUAACACUCUUGUGAACAAUGAUAAUGUACAAAGCCAAAAUUCUGUUUAUAUAUAUAAUGAUCAAAAUGAAGAACAAUAUGAUUCAAAUCUGUUGUUCAGUCAAAUGGACGAAAAUCUUGAUACUCCCAUUCAAAACAUGGAAACAAAUAGAAAUUAUGAUCACGGAGAUAAACUGGAUGCCCACAGACAGAAAUGUGAUAACUAUCAAAGUAUUGCCAGAGAAAUGAGCGAUGAGAAUGGAAAAGUUGUAGGAGAAUUAAUCGAACCUGAUCAAAGACCUUUCGAAGGAGACAUUUCUGAAAGUGAAAAUUCUUUAAUCAAUGACUUUGGUACAGCUUUAUCAAUAGAAACUGAUGGUGAUGUAAAUGUUAACUUAAAUGUCAUAACAAACCAGUUCUCACAGAAAAACAAUUUUACUUGGCAACAGCUCCAAAGGAGACCUGAGGCCUCAGAAGGGGAAUGCUAUGUGUAAAUAAAACUUUCUUUCUUAUGAGUUAAAACCAACCUUUAAAAAGUCAUCAUUGCAUUUACCAUUUGAAACCAUUGCUAAAACUUUAUACACAUGUAUUAUAUUACAGUAAUACUGCAAUAUUUACUAUAAAAUUCAUUCUUAUAACUUAGAAUUGAAUAUGUAGAUAUUUUUUUUUAUGAUAGAGCUAUAGUGCUAUAAUAUGUUUAAUAAUUUAUCUGAAGAAAAAAAAAUGACCUAGUUUUUUAGUGCGAUCAUGUCAGUUGCAUAACAUGAAUUUCUUAAGAUAGAAAAUAACUAAAGUUUUCAAUUAAGUUGAAUGUUUAGAAGUAACAUUGAAUGUCAACCAUUAAGUUUAGAAGUAACAUUUAAUUUGCACAAUAUGUUUGGAAGCAACAUUAAGUUUGCACAGUAUGUAACAUUAAUUGUCAAACUUUUUGUAUAGAAGAAACAUUAACUUAGAAGUAUUAAGGUGGUACCAAACACAUGGACUAAAAUUAAUUUGGCUCGUUUAAUUUUCAUAAAAUUUUGAAAAAAUAUUUACUUUGACCCUUUGACAAAAAUAUAAAAAUUUCAAAAAACUUGAACCACAUACUUUAUUGGAAAAAUUUCAUUGGAUAUAUAGCAGUUUGACAAACACUAAUUUUGAUCAUUGAGAAGCUUUAUAUUUCCUUAGCAAUAGGAUGUGAUUAAAACGUUCAGCUGAUUUUUAAAGAGUUAUCUCCCUGUAGUGUUAUGUACCACCUUAAUUGCAUUUUUUUGUAUUAAAGAAGGAGGAAAAUAGUCUUUUUCUCAAAGAAUUUUCAAAUGCCUUGCUUUCUCUAUUGAUAAAUUAUGAUUGCUUAUUUCAUUUUUGUUAUUUUUUAUUUUUUUCCUCAAUAGAGUUAUAUUCUGUUUAGGCCCUUUUUUGGUCAUAUAGCUCCUUACAUUUCAGUGUAUUUAUGCAUACCUUUCAGAUGUUUAUGUUUGAGCUUUCCUGAUGAAGGUAAAUGCAGAAAAGCACUUCAGAUGCACGAACGUUUGUCUUUAUUUCAUUUAGGAAAUAAGUAAAUCGUUGUUUCCAAAUAGUGCUUAAAAUUUUUGUAACGAUACAACUUUCUUUUAUUAUCUAUUUUCCAAGUUAAUAUUCAUACAUGUUUUUAAACAAAUUCAAAAAAAAAGUUGUUUUAAGUUUUACAAAGUUUUUGCACUUUUUACUAAUUUACCUCUUUAAAUUUUUUUAACAUAUGAGCUGCGUCUGAUAGAAAUCCACUUUAUGCAAAUGAGUAUCAAUACAUAUGUUUACCUAUUUCAGGUUGAAAAAAUCAAUAUGCAAAGUCUGUAACUGUUUGAAAAUUAAGUUGUUAUAUGAACCCUACAAAAUAGACAAAAAUUUAUCUUUUAUUUUGUAUUUGAAUGUUCCAACAUUAUCAAAAGUCUUAUACAUGUACAUGUAUACAUGCACUUGCAUAAGGUCGAUUUCUAUCCUAUGCAGCUCAUAUGUAUAAAAGCAACUUGAUUUGUUCAAACUAUUUGAAGACAAAAAAGGUUCAUAUUACAUGUAUAAUGGUUUAAUUUCAAAAUAUAUAAUUUUAUUGCAUAAUAACCGUCCAAAUGUGAUGGGCCCUACUGAGACUAGUCAUGGUUUGAAUAGCAACUUUACCAAUUUUGGGUAUCUUUUCUGUAAAUAUUGCAAUUUAUUGAAAUUUCCACUUAGGAAUUGUAUCAUUUGAUAAUACUUGAAGGAGCAUUAUCCCAUUUUUGUUGUGACAGAGGCUCUAAAUCAUACAGUAAAGGCAUCCCUUUCAUGUUCAUAUUUUCAAGGUGAUAAAUCACUCAAAAUUUUUCUUUCAGUUCGAUGGAAGCAGUUAUAAAAUUUGAAUUACAAUUUGUUAUAUUUUGACUGUCUUAUAUUUCAGUCCCACCAUGUUUAUAAUUUAGAUUUAGAUUUAGAUAAAUCCAAACAUCCUUCCACAUAUUAUUCCAAAAUUUUUGGAUUUUUAUAUUUAAAAAAAAUCAGCAUGUUGCACUUAAUGGUCUAUCACUGCCAUUUGGCCUCCAAUGACUUAAGUGAACUGCCAGCUGAAGGACGCCUCCGGGUGUGGGAGUUUCUUGCUGCAUUGAAGACCCAUUGUGGCCUUCGGCUGUUGUCUGCUCUAUGGUUAGGUUGUCUCUUUGACACAUUCCCCAUUUCCAUUUUCAAUUUUAUAUUCAAGUGUAUAAAAACAUUAUUUAUUUUAUUGCAAAUCUGAAAAAAAAGCCAUUUGUUCAAUUUUAAAACACUUUAGAAGUAGAUUGAUGAUGUUAUUAUUCUGAAUUAUUUUAAGAUUUUAAGGCAUUUUAUUGGAACCAAAUCUUGAUAUUUUUUUCAAAAUGCUCUCUGUUGAUAAUGGUGAUGUGAUAAUGUAUCAUAAUAUAACCAUCGGCCCACUGUCCCAAUCCAUAUAUGACAUAUGUACAGCUGAUGUUCAAAUAGCAGCAUUAAAUGUACAUCAUACUAACUUACCGGUACUACUUAGAAUUAAAUUACCAUAAAUAAUGCACUCAAUAUUUUAAGUGAUUAUUAUAAUGCACAAUUAGGUGAUAAAGAAUGCUGUAAACAUGUUUCAUGAUAAAAUUAAAUAUUUAUUUUUAGUAUACAUGUGUAUACACAGUUUGUGAUAUUAUAGAAUACUGAUGUAUUGAUUGUAUAUUUUGAAGAAAGUGCUAGUGUAAGUUUUUAAAGAUUUGUUAGUUAAUAUAUAUCAAUAAAUUGUUUGUUAACUGUUCAAA